AUGUUCAAAAACCUUUUUUUCGCUGCAUUUGUUGGUUCACUUUUGAUUACCUUUGCGUCGUCAUGGGGAGAUGAUAUGUAUACAAUGGAAACCAAAGUUGAAGACACAUUAGCAGAAGAAGUCGGAGAAGCAUUUUUAAAGUACAUGAGGGGUCCACCCUUGAGAAAUGAACCAGUUGAGGAACUUUUUUCAGACGAAUGUGUAAUCAAAUCAGGAGGAAAGAUUGUUGAAAAGAAAGAAUUUUUUAAUAGAGUUCGCUCCGGUGAUUUUAAGCACUUUGGAUGGAAAGCCACUGAUUCUAAACCAUAUAUGCAAACGCGCAAACACAUGGUCCUUCUUGGUUGGUACUUUGAAGAUUGUGUCAUGAAGGUUGGCCUUCAUAAAGAAAAAGAUUACAAGAUUUACUUUUUAGAGCAUCUACCACUUCAAGGAUAA